GUGACCCAACGCAAGAAUAAUCCAGAAGAAGAUGGCCCAACGCCCAAGCAAUCCUGCAAAACAUAAUGGUUACCACUUCUAUAUAAAGUCCUCUAUAUACUUUCAGACGCUCUCAUGUUGUGAUUGUGUUGGUUUUUACGACUCUUACGCCUUAUUCCGUCUUUCCAACAAUGCCUCGCAAAAGUUCUGGAGGAAGGUCAGCUCCCCGACCUGCUGCACAUGUACCACUGCGUAAUCCUCCUGCGCCAGCUUCUCCUUCUCCGCCUCCGAUGCCUGCACAAGGUGGAAAUGGAUCCCUAAUGGGAGGACUUGGUGCCACCAUUGCAGACGGCAUGGCCUGGGGUACCGGCACUGCCAUUGCUCACAGGGCUGUGGAUGCUGUGAUGGGUCCCCGUGUGAUCCACCAUGAGAGCAUUGCUUCAUCAGCUCCUGCUGCUACACCACCACCAACUAUGAACAGUCCUGGAGGGUCCGAUGCUUGUGUUGGUCAAUCCAAGGCCUUAAGUGAUUGCCUGGCCAACUAUGGAAGCGACAUAAGCAAGUGUCAGUUCUACAUGGACAUGCUGCAAGAAUGUCGCCGACACUCAGCAACUGCGUUGAAUGCUUGAAGUAUCGUUGGGAAAUCUGGUUGAUGAUAGUCAUUCAUUUUUUAGUUCCUAGAGGAUGGAUUCAAGUAGGUUUCAAGAUGUUUUGUGUUCCUCUGAUUGGGGUUGGGCACUUGGGCCUAUAUGUUUUUGGAUGGAACUUAUAAUCUUGUAAUGUUUUUGAGAAAAAACAGAAAAUAAAAAACUGCAUGAGUAUUCUUAUA